AUGUCACGACAUGGGUAUGAUGGUCAACCUGGUCAAGAUCGGGUCUCUCCCGUACCUGGGUUGACCACCGCUCACCAGAAUGCUUCGGCAUCCCGGGAACCCAGCCGUCCACGGUCCUUAAACCGAAGGCGUGUUAGCUACGGGAGCCAGUUGAGUGGAAGCCUCCAGGCGGGAGCUCCGGAUACUCGUGCCUAUGCCACCCGCGUUAGAACGGGAGGAUCGUCAAGCUCCGGCUUUGGCAUAGAAGGGGGAGCACUGCAGGGCAACAAGGACGGGCAUGGUCUCAAGUUCCUCGGGAGUCUGUCUGAUGUUUUCGGGGACGAAAUGGUCGAGGUCUAUCUCGGCAGCUUUCAUCAACAAGCCCUCAUCUCAGAGGCAAAAAAGGUGCUGUCGCAGCCUCGAAACAGAGGUCUAGGGGUGGAACUGGUGGCGGGCGUUGCGGCGGUGGGCGUAGGGCGCAACUCAAUUGGAGCUGUCAUCACGACUUCCAGGCCGUACAAAAAGGUGACGCUUGAGAUGUCUGCGAGCAUGUCCGAGAGGGAGUGUCCUGACCCAAAGGGAUACAUCUCCACCACGCUCGCUGUCAUUGAGGACGCGAUGGGCGUCAGCAACCUCUUCGUUUUGGACCUUUGCGACACGACCAAUGCUCAAGACCCAAGAGACGGCCGAACCAGCCUCAUGACAGCGGUGCUGGACAACAACGAGAUGUUGGUAGAGAGGCUUCUCGUGGAAGGGGUGGACAUCGCGGUGACCGACACGCUAAACAGAACCGCUCUUCUUCACAGCGUCAUCAGCAAACACGAUGCCAUCACGCAGUUACUCUUGGCACACCACAGCGAGCUCGUCCGGAAUCGGCUGAACAGCGCCAGAAAGCUUCGCGGCGGCGGCGGCGGCGGUGGAGGGAGGGAUCCGGGAACAACCGAGGACGGUAACAAGAGAUCUUCCUCGUUUCGCCUAUUUCGACACCCAAGCGGAGGUGGAGGGUUAACCAGUGCUGUCUCUGACCUCCAGGCGAUGCUGGACCAGCGCGAUUUCUCUGGGAAGGCAGCUCUUCACCACGCUGUGGCAGACACGGAGGAGAGGCAUCAGGUUGUUCAGAACUUGCUUACAGCAAAGUCUCAGGUGAAUAUCCGAGACGCUCGCGGAAACUCUCCUCUGCAUAUCGCGUGCCAGCACGGACACAUCCACAUCGUCAAAACCCUCAUCAUCUACAGCGCCAACUCAGGAUCCAAAAACGAAGAGCUGAUGACCCCUCUUCACAUCGCCAGCCUCAAUUUGCGCAUGAAGAUCGUCAGUGUUCUGCUCAAGGAGAACCAGGGAGGGAUGGUGACUGCGGAGGACGCAAGGGGGUGGACACCGCUUCACUACGCCUGCCGGGCGCUGGCGAUGUCGGAGAGCUCAACCUCCUGUACGGCACAGGCGGGCCUUAACCUGAUGAGGGAAGGUGCAGAGGACGCGAGGCAACGGUUGGUCUACCAGCAGAGCAAGCAACGAUACCACGCCGGAAGGAGCAUUUUUUCUUCGGCCCGUGUUCAGGAGGCUGUCCACGAGGAAUGGAUCCAGGGAGGCCACCGGAUUCGGGCACUUCGGGUGCUGCUCCUGUACCUUGUCUACCUUGUCGUUUUUACGCUGUGUUCGGUGCUAAACUCCGGGAGGAACAUGCCUCACGGCUACCACCUGACCAUUUGGUACGAAGGAGACACCUUGGUGAAUUCCCAAGGAUGGAACGCCGUGAGCAUACUGGGACAACCAAGGCUCAGUCAGUGGCGAACGGCGUCCGAUUCUUGCGAGACCUGGCCACUCAUCUUGGCCGAAGAAGAACUAAGCAGCAACAGCAGCAAGUUUUGCUUUACUGAUUACUGCGGCGAAGACUCAGGGGCAACGGCACUCUGUCACGCAGCUUCCAUGGAUGCCAGACCCUUCGGCCCAAAUUUCAAGUACGAGUACGUUCCCGAUGCUCACAAGGACAAGAUAAAGGGGUCCUUUGGAGUGUACGGGCCGGGAGCAUUCGUGCACUACAUCCCCACUGUGGACCGAGGGUUAGCCGAGUCAGGCAUGGAAGAACUCGAAGCCGAUGGAUGGAUCGACGAGAGCUCUCGGGCGGUCUCGCUGGAGCUGGCCAUCCACAGCUUUUCAGGAAGGAAGCUGAUGUACGUGCGUAUUCUGAUUGAGCUACCCGCGGAGGGCGGGGUUCCUUUGACCCACCCGUCCUACGUCACGUUCAGCACUUUCAACUCCUUCCAUACCCUUCGCAACAUCAUGCUUGGCCCAAGGGGCGCGCAGUACUACUGGUUGCAGCUCGGACAUGACGGUGGAGGAAUAACCGGUGACAGGCUGACAUUCCUGGCGGAACUGGCUCUACUCGUGCUCGUUCUUGUCAACAUAGGAAAGGAGAGGAUGGAGCUCAGACGACAGGGGCCGUACUACUUCCUCGCGGUGACCAAUCUCUUGGACAUCGUGCUCAUCGUUGGGCACGGGGUAUUGUUUUACAUAGUCGUCGCGAAGAGCACCGCCGUCGCAGACCUGGACCUGGUGGACGACCAAGAGACUGAUAUCAGGUACACUCUGCUCGGGGAGCUGGAGUUUUUGAUGAAGAGCAUAUCUUCGGCAGUGGCCACUCAGUACCCCGAGACUCUGGGAGAAUUCACGUUCGACGAUAUUCGCGCGGAGAACCUCUACCAGUCAUGGAGGUACUCCUUCACAGCCUUAUUCACGGUGCUGGUGGUGGUGAUCAUGCUCAACCUGCUAGUGUCGCUCCUCAACGACCUGUACGAGGAGCUCAAGAGCCUUGCAACGGCAGAUUGGUGCAGGGCGCAGGCAACGGCUAUAUACAUGAACGCCCGGUGGCACAGUCAGCAGCAGCGACAGCAACGCCUUCACCAGCGCAAUAAACGACGCGAGAGAAACAGCACGUCUCGCCGUGAUGGCCUUCGGUGGUGUCCGAAGUUCCCUUCCUUACCGCGCUGGCUUGCGGGUCUGGAUAGUCACCCCGCUGGCGCUGGACCGACAACGCAUCAAGCAGCCUCAGGCGAUUCUGAACGGCCAUCGAGCGAAGGGGACAAGGGAAUUGAGCAAAUGCAGGCCCGCCAGUUGCUACGCCUGAAAGAAAAAGCAGCGACUUUGGGGCGGGAUCACCUCGAGCUGGCGUCGAGGGCGGAAGGGGUGGAAGCUGCUGCGGUUCUCGCGUCCAUCACCGACGCUCUUGACAUUUGGGACAGACACUCUCUCCACGCCGCCGACAAGGGGGAAACGUCCCCUCUUCCCCCCGUCGAGGCUCUCCGAAAGCUCCGUCAGCUGCUGAUGGACGGCGAGCAACGUGGCAACUGCGGUGGCAAGAACCAACCCACUCACGUCUGCCGGACGCUAUUGCGGGCAAACAUUUUGAUGUCCCUCGCGGGCAUUAUCAGUGCGGACGGGAGGAGAACGCACGUCAGGCAUUCCUUUGCCCAUUUCCCAGGGCGACGGUUCUCAGCAUCAGCUCAGCCUCACGGGACUUUUCCCCGCUUGUUCGGAGUGGGGGAGGCACUUCGGAGCUCGAUGACCAGUGUGCGGCAGUGGGUCUCGAACCUCACGGGGUCUCUGACUUCUUCGGGGACAGAACGACGACAAAGCUGGAAUGAAGCCAGGAAACUGUCCAUAAAAAUAGCUCGAGUACUUGUGGAGUUCCCGCUUUCCCCGGCAGCUGCUGAUGGAGACUCUUCCGCAGCGGCCGGCCAGGAGAACAACACGGCGCACCAGAAAGUGGAGCAGUUGAGGGUGGCACGAUUCGGAGGCCCGAUCAAUGGCCGCUCUGGCCACCACCACUACCACGACCAAGGGGCAGCGGCCAAUACGAACACUGCAACGAGGGCACCGGUAGCACCGGGAGGAACCACAAAUCCGACAACUUCCAAAGUUCAACAUCGAAACAGGAAGAGCAGUGGGGCGUGUUUGUCUCCUGCGGAGCCCGGCAACGGCUAUGGUGGUUGGUGGGGGGAGGGCGACGAGGUGCUUCGGACCAUGGGAGGGGGUUUUCUAACCAUAGCGUGUCUCUCCACGCUGAGUCGGGCAAUUCCGUCGCCUGCAACAAGACCGGCGGCCGGCGCACCGUCAACACCACACGGGUCGGGAACCUUCACAAACCACCACCAUAAGUUGCCACACCACCACAGCAACGACGUCAAGGAGGUCUUCGGGCAGUAUGAAGUAUCCCAGGAGGUGUCUGAUCUGCUGUUGCUCUUGGCGGCUCUCUUUCGGUUGGGGUCGCCACCGUCUCAGGUGCCUGGCAUGAUUUCGGCUACACUCGGUAGGGUGUCACCCUCAUCACCAACAACGGCACCAGCACCAGGAGGAGGAGCAGUCAACGAAGUUCUUCCCCCGACUGUGACCGAGGUAGAGGCCGCGCUCGCGGCCGGAAAGGCUACGGCCUCACGAAGAAGGAGGUCCUCGUUCGCCGUCGCUCCGCCCCUCAGCCGUCCAGCACAGCAGGACCGCUCCAAAUCCGCUCGCACCGGCGGGGUUAAGGGAAGGUUGGGAGGGACGGAAGAGGAGGUAGCACGAGGUGGGGGCAACAGCGCAAAGCACGACCCAGAAUCCAAGCAGACCCAAUCCGAGAGAAGUGUGGUCUUCCAGGGGUUGGGAAACGGAGGAGGAGAGGCGGGGUCGCGGUUAGCGCGUAUGGCGCGACCACGACAGGCUCGAAGCAGUAGCAUGCGAGCGGCAAUCGAGACACCGCCUUUGACGCCUUCCUCGUUUCCGGGUAGAGGUGGCGGUAGGGGGCCGGGCCCAGCAACGUCGGCGGUGCCCAUGUCAUCCUCCCUGCUGCCGUCUGACGAAGCGCCCUCGGAGAGAAUGGUUAUGUCAGAACCCCGCCGUCAAAACUCCCACCAAGGGAUGUGGCCCAGCAACGCCAACAGCAGUCGCGGCAGCUUCGCGAGCUCUCCUCGGCUAGAGCGAACGCCUCAGCGAUACUCCGGGGCGCCCUCUCGCGUGGGCGUCGCUGCUCGCGAAGGCCAAGCCCGGCGUAGUGGUAUCCAUCGUGUAUCGAACGGCCUACACGUAAAGAGCCGCCAGUCGUUGGCGACGGGAGAAGAAAGGCGCAUCCCGGCAGAGGCGUUCGAGAUGUGCGGGGGCGGAAAUUUCGCCGUAUAUCUCGCCGCUUGUUGCAAAAGCCUCAACUGUGAGAGCGGCCGUUAUGAACGCGGCUUCGAAACACUCGCCCACUUGGCCCUGAGGGAGGCCCACCCGCUCCUUCUUUCCUCUUCAUCCUACCGGCGGCCUGGCGGGGAAAGUGUGAAAAAAGGGGGCGGAGCGACCAAGCGUCAGAGGUGGAAGGGGCCGGUCGAGGUAGCAAGGUCGCGGAAGAACGUGGCGUGGUGGACAACAGGCCAGGAAGGGCCUCGUCGCGGAAAUGGUGGUCCCGUCGGGGAUACGAGUCCUACCAUGCACUCGAAUGCCCUCUUCGGUUCAGCAAGCGAUGAAGAUGGAGUUGGUGCAGUAGAUAUAUCGACAGUCGCGGUGGCGCGGAGGGCACAACACCUGCCGAUCCUGUUGACAGGAAUAAUUAGGAAUCACUUCUUGACUCAGGUAUCACAUCGGUCAAGCUGCAUGAGAAUGGGCGCCGCGCUGGCGUAUCAAGUGUCCGUCGGCGGCGUGUUUCUCGGGGGGGUUGGUUGCCCUUCAGACAGUGAUGGAGCCGAGGCGCUGGUGGACGCUGGGAUGGUGGUUGUGCUAAUGAGAGUUGCGUCGGCGGCGGUGAAACCGCCGUCGUUGAUGUCGUCGGGGGCGAAUGCAGCCGAAAGAGGUAGGUAAUCACAGCUGUGUCGGUGAGAGACAGUUGCUGAAAGGGUGUUGUUUCACGAGCGCAUCCUUUGCCCGUUCCCGAGCUGAUACCUCCGCUACAAAGAGGGGCGAGGCUGCAGAAUGUGUCCGACACCUAUUACUGUACUAUCAUGUCUCCUCCAGAGUAAUCCUGUUCCAUACGGUGUUCUUGGUGAAGAGCAAACUUUUCUUACGCGGUGUGCUGUCCAGGUGGACGGUUGCCUCUAUCCCGGGUUCAUAAAACGGAAAGUCCGGGGAAAUGAAAUUCAACCAUAGUGAUGAUCGAACGAAGGGCCAGCUAGGUUCACAUUUGCAAACCGCUGAAAUGAAGUAUGUCUGUCCGGGUUUGAAAACGACCCGACGGGUUUGGCCAUUCUUGGCUGAAUUUUGUCCAUUUCGUAAGGGUCAUAUGAAUUGAGGACAGAUGAUCAUGCGGCAAAUCUGUCUCCGACGAGGCGAAGCUUGUCUCCCCACAGGGCGUAAGAUAGUCGAAGGAGUACCAAUUUCCCAUAUCAUCGACGUUGUUGUUUUUUUUACGAUGAAAUUUCGAAGCAAUGCUCUGAAUUAAAUCAACCACAUGUGGCUCAUAAGGUGGCCAAUUGGCUUGAGCAAACUGGGCGACUGAGAAGCUUCCCCAUUUAUCACAGGGCCUUCAGCUCGAGCCCUGGCUUUGGCAUGCUUAGCGGCCGUCAUCACGAAGUGCAGGAUCGACGACGACACGGCCGCCACGCCUGUAAGGAGCUUGGAUGCCGAGGCCGAGGGUGCUCGCUCAGACGAACGCGAUGGCCUACUAUGGGGUUGGGAUGGCGGUCAAGGGUCAGGCCCGGUGCUGCUGCUAACCCAGGCCAUGGAGCUAGCGUGUCUUUUCAUGGACAUCAUGCUCGAAGGUAAAACAAGCUACUCAUGCGCUGGUAUUAGACGGCACUAACCACGUGAUGCUUGAAAUGGGUCCCACGAAACAACAUACCCGCUGCCCGUGACAUGAACACUGGUGGAGAUGUCCAAGGCUGCCAGACAAACAAGAAUACAUACUUGUACUACAUUCGAAGCCCAUGCCAUCCCUACGGCAUGGGUACUUGACCCCACAAACACCCGUUUCUAUUAUCUACGUACAUUCGCUCUGUGACCGCUCUGGAACCGGAAUGACCCGGAUUUCACACCAAUGCGAAAAUGCAUUCUGCGACGGUACCUUACAAAAGGUGGACUAAGUACCGCAAGGUGGACCUGUUUUCUUCGAGAAUAAGACCAUGUUGAGUCUGGGAUCCAAAACCAAGGUUGCGUGAUUUGAACGAACGGGCCCAGCGUGGAAGGUAAUUGAGGUUUUUGGCAACAAAAGGAUUUUGCCUUUAGCGUACGGAUAUUGUUGCUGUUUUAUCCGCGGCGGACUUGUUCCCCUGUUUGUGAGCCUUUCGAGGCGUUUUUUUUUCCGUCAGGCUCAGAACCGUGGCACAUUGAUCGUCGUUGGUGUUCAGAUUAGCGGCACUUCAGCACUGUGUGUCUGAUGUCACACCCAAACCCUGUUCCACCAGGACUGGCCUUGUGCAACAAAGCCGGCGCGGAGGGAGACGAGGGUGGAGAAUUGGCAGAAAGGUCCAUCACGGCCCUUCAUCUCCUGCUCAGGGCUUGCGAGGCCCACGACUGGGAGCUUACCAUGGCCGGUGUCAAUGUGGAGGGGGCCUCAGAAGGAGCUCACGGUGCCAUGGUGGAUGCUAUCCGUUGCCACAGGGGAUACCCAAGCCUCGAGUUGAUGGCAGAAGGAACGAAACAGGCGAAGGGCGAGGAACACGGCUGGAGUAGUAACGGGAAUGAUUCGUACGGCAAGGUCCAAACACGACAUCAUUCACCGCAGCAGCCCCAGCAGCGGCAAUCGGGGAACCGGAGCCUCUCUGGUUGGUGGGGCUAUCAUUUUGGCCGUGGGAGAACUACGUCUCAUGAAGGAAGAAGGAGUAUGGGGGGUCUUCACCAAGGCGGCAAAGGGCAGACCCGACUACAACGCCAAGGAGAGGAUGGUGACGUUGAAAGCUUGGCGGGACGCGGUAACCCCUCUACCCAGGGCUCGCUCUCGUCUAGUGGUGGUGCCGCAACCCCUAGUAGACGGAGACCCUCGGGAGGGCAGGCGCGUGUAUUUCCACGCGGAUGAGGCCGUCCUUCAUUUCUUGUGCUGGAUCGGCCAAGGAGGCAACAAAGGCGGCCGAGUUUUGUGUGGCGGACAGAUACUUAAUUCCGAAAUAGAUUGUUUUGAUUGUUGAUCCCCUAGACGUUACCACUUGCGACACGGGAGGAAGAGCAGCCCAAGGAGUUUGGGAAGCGGUAGAACGGUUGGCCCAACCCUUGGAGCUAUUUCGAGGCUCCAACCGGUGGGUAGGUUUCUAUCUGUAAUAUGGCACAGUAGGUUGAAAUGUUAUGUGGGUGUUGUGGUUGUGGUUUUAGGCUACAUGGUCAAGUUUGUUUUCUCUGAGAUCCUGAGAAGAAGUACUGGUAACCCCAGGAGGUUGGAUCCACAAAAGGAUUGAAGGGCCUUGCUUUGGUACACCUUAAGUCGAUGGGUAGGUUGUAGAAUUGCAGCCGCCGACGCGAUAGUUUUGGGGUACGGCUAGCCCACGAAGCAACAGGGACAGGGGAGGAGGAAACCAUUGCAGUAGAAAUAGUAUCAAACUGCUGUGUCUAUACCACGCCUUGUCACGUUCGUGUUCAGUGCGUCCGUGUUGAAGCCAGGUGCAGGAGGGGUGCAGAGUGGCGCGCAGUUUGCAUGGUCUGGCAUGAACCAGGCUACUGUAGGUAGGUAAAGUCUCUUUUCUGGGCUUAUGGCCAAUCCAAACGCUUUCACUCGGACGUAACCGGCUACAGUUUGUACCGAUUGCCUCAUGGUUCGUGGCGAAGUUUUUGUAGUGCAGAUACCAAGGCAACGGGGCAGAGCGGCAGGGUACAUACAAGUAGAUUAGAUUUUGGUGGGUUGCUUCCUCACAGUCUUUUGC